AUAGAGGAUUAAUCUGACAAAGCCCAGAAUGGCCACAGCCUUGGAACCUGAAGAACAGAAAGGACUUCUGAUAAUUAAGGCAGAAGACCUUUACUGGGGACAGGACUCCAUCUCACAAAACUACAGUCCUCACAGAAGGGAACUCUUCAGGCAGCACUUCAGGAAGCUCUGCUAUCAGGAUACACCUGGACCCUGUCAAGCUCUUACCCAGCUCUGGGAGCUUUGUUGCCAGUGGCUGAGGCCAGAAUGCCACACUAAGGAGCAGAUUUUAGACCUGCUGGUGCUAGAACAGUUCCUGAGCAUUCUUCCUAGGGACUUGCAAGCAUGGGUGCAGGCACACCAUCCAGAAACUGGAGACGAAGAAGUGACUGUGCUGGAGGAUCUGGAGAGGGAGCUUGAUGAACUCCAAAGGCAGGUCCCAGCCAAUUCAGAAAGACAGGAUAUACUCUUGGACAAGUUGACCUCCUUGGGAAUGCUAUAUGAGUCACUGACUGUCCAGCUCCACUCCAAGAACACCCAGCUGGAGCAGGAAUCUGGGAAGCUACAAAGGAAUGUUAUGGAGGCUGGAAGUCCAAGAUCAAGUUGCUGACAGGGUUUCUGAUGAGGCUUCUCUCCUUGGCUUACAGACUUCUUGCUGUCUUCACAUGGUCUUUUCUCCGUGCACAUACACUUCUGGUAUCUCUUCCUCUUCUUAUAAGGACACCAGUCCUAUUGGAUUAGGAUCCCACCCUUAUGACCUCACUUAACCUUAAUUACCCCAUUAAAGUCCCUAUCUUCAAAUAUAGUCACACGGUGGGGGCGGGGUUAGGGCUUCAAUGUAAGAAUUUUGGGGAUGGACACAAUCCAGUCUGUAACACACCCCCAUGAUGAAAGAAGUAGGGAAGAGAGAGUGAGGGUCAGUCAGUACAGCAGCUUUUUUUUUAUCUGCAUGUCAGGUUAACUAGGUUUGGUCCCCCAUCUCAGCUCACUAAUUACAAACCAGGGUAUCUAGUGCAUCUCCACACUAUACUAAAAAGCAACCAAAUUUUAGAUCCCAGUUUGCCCAAACCCUACCCUUUUCAGUGCUCUCUGCCCUUUCUCUAGGGGCUUUUGUGUCCAUAAUGCCUCCCAUGGGCAGUACCUUUUAUCCUGGCCCUGUUGGAGAUUUUCAUUAUUUAAAUAUUACCAAUAUACUU